GCAGAAUGGGCAGAUUUUAUUGGAUUCGAUAUCUUUCAUCUUGGAAGCGAGACAAACCAAGGGGUGUCUUCACUGUUGCCUCCGGGGCCGGCCUCGCGGUCUCUUCUGCUGUUGAAUGUCCGCCACAUCCGCCUGCUCGCGUCGCUUCAUAUCUGGUCCCCCUCGCCCAUUCUUGACCCCGCGCUGUGCUCGAAGUCGGGCCUCGAACUCAUCCACUAGCUCCUUUGCGUGCCCCAGCAGGUGCCCUGGCAGGUGUUCCGGCACCAGUGUCGCGGACCACUCCACCAAGUAGUGUAGCACACCAUCAAUAUCCUCUAUUGGAGUGCCGAGAAAGACCAGCAGAUGCAGCUUGCAAGAGAGCUCAUGAAGACGUGUUGGGGUAUGUAUGCGGUCACAGAAACUGGGCUCGCGCCUGGUUCGAAGCUGAUGACGCCGCUCUAUAACCCAUGACCAGCGCGGGACCAUUUCCUUCUAGCAGCAACUCCAAGACUGCCUGGAAGAAAGACUACAUCGUCAAGCCUCUGGAUGCACACAACUUGCAACGCCCGGAGACUGUGGAAAGCCUUUUCAUGAUGUACCGCAUCACGAACGACCCAAUCUACCGGGAAUGGGGCUGGAAGAUAUUCAAGGCAUUUCAAAAGUACGGGAUCCUCGAGGAUGGACAGGGCUAUACGUCUCUUGACAACGUCAAUGCGGUCCCGCCGUCGCGGAGAGACAAUAUGGAGAGUUUUUAGCUGGCCGAGGCGCUCCAAAGGGCCAACCUGCCUUCGGAGGAGAUAAUAAACAGGAUUUCGCUUUCUGGUCUUCUCAAUGUUAUUGAUGGUGUCGCAUCACACGAAGGUCGGGUUCUAGUCACGUAGACCACAAGGUGAAAUUCGAGAACGCAACCCAGAAACAAAUCGAAGAGCUGUUUGAAAGG